AUGUAUGAUAUAUUUGCAUCUCAGAAAGUUUAUAUCUUAAACCUGAUUUAUGAUUUCUACAUCACAUCCCCAAAAGUUAGAUGCUGUUUCUACAGGUCACCAACUGCGGAAACAAUGACAUGGUCUGAAAAUAUGGACACACUUUUAGCCAACCAAGCUGGUCUAGAUGCUUUUCGAAUAUUUCUAAAAUCAGAGUUUAGUGAAGAAAAUGUUGAGUUCUGGCUUGCCUGUGAAGACUUUAAGAAAACGAAAAAUGCAGACAAAAUUGCUUCCAAAGCCAAGAUGAUUUAUUCUGAAUUCAUUGAAGCUGAUGCACCUAAAGAGAUUAACAUUGACUUCAGUACCAGAGACCUCAUCUCAAAGAAUAUUGCUGAACCAACACUCAAAUGCUUUGAUGAGGCUCAGAAAUUAAUCUAUUGUCUCAUGGCCAAGGAUUCUUUCCCUCGAUUUCUGAAGUCAGAGAUUUAUAAAAAACUGGUAAAUAGCCAACAGGUUCCAAAUCAUAAAAAAUGGCUCCCUUUUUUGUGA